AGUCCGAACGAGGCGAGUGCUUUCGUCAUCGUGUGCAGGUUUUUUUUUCAAGUAAUGAAUUAUUGCAGUGGAGUGCUAAAAUUAUGUUAAAUUUGAAGUGAAAUAUAGUAUUGGUGAUGUUGACCUUAGGCUUGUUGUUAUUUCGCAAAAAAACUGUAAAAGAACACACGUUUACUGUAGUAAUUCGUCAAAAAUCGAGAAAGCUUCAAACGUGUUUGAAGCUUUCGGUUUCGCAUUAAUGGAACUAUGAACCUGGACCCUUUAACGUUUAGCUUAUCACAAAUCAAUUAUCUCGUUGCAAAUUUAAGUAAGAAGAAUUUCAAGCAAACUAGUCAAGAGUUGUCUCAGAUUGUCAGUCACUAUGGCUUGGAAGCAGAAAAUCAACUGCUGAGGUGUCUGCUUACUGAGGCGGCGAAGACGUCGUGGGACAACGACCGUCCAGGAACUGCGUACAGUGUUCAUGCGACUCUACUAGCACAGCAUUUAACGUCGCUCCUGAACCACCCUGCAAAGUCUACUGUGGUCUGUCGGACACUAGAUCAUCCAACACGAUCACUACAAAAGGUAUUAAAACCUGCCAAUACACUCCUUCCUCGAUUAGCAAGAUUGCUGAAACUGACAACGGCCCAAGAUGUUGCCUUCUCAUUGGUGUUGAGAAGAAAUUCAUCUAAACCUGAGAUUGUUUCUAUUGCUAAAAAUCAUUUGAAGAAACGGUUUUUAGACUUUGUUCAGUGUUAUCUUGACGCAGAACGGGGACAUCAAGUUGAGCGUGCAGGUCUUCAGGAAUGCAGCCCUGAAGUUUUGCAAACUCUCUUAACAAGCCUCGCGUACGACAAUUUUCGGCUAGCCGCAGUUACUAAGGACCUGUUUCUGAAACGUUUACGCGUUGAUUUUCCGCGCGAAGUAGUGCCUAUAGUGUUAGCACCGCUUCUUUACCCUGACGAUACACAAACACCCCUCGAGGAAAUGACCACAUCUGACGACAUGGCAACAGCUAUGAUGGACAACUCCCUCGUAGAAAUAAUUCGAGACAUUGGUUAUACAUUCACAGCUUCAGUAGAAGACUGCAAAAACAACAUGAUUAAUUUUGGAGCCCGGGAGCCAACGGCUAUUGACAUAGCAAGAAUAAUUUCAAUCAUGGUGAGAUAUCAUGCAACUCUACCAGAAGGCCCACAAAUCCAAACACCUGGAAAUUAUUGGAUGAACCAUGAAGCCAAGAAAGAAGCGAUUGCACAUGGACAUCCAGAGACAUGGAAUGCUGAAAUUUUUGUACAGACAUUAAAAGAAUUAGCUUCAAAUUUAAACUGGAAAGAGGUCAUUCUACAAUUAGACCACCCAGAAUUUAUUGUCCCUGACAGACAAGGAUUAAGUCUUCUCUUCACAAUUUUGCGACUAGGUCUUCAGAGCGCAGGCUAUCCAGCUACAAUAUUUCCUGUUGAAUAUCUAUGUCGAAAAUGGGCAAAUCUAGAAGGUCAAAUGAGUUUGAUUACUAAUAUUCUCAAACACCCAGAUAUAUUUAGUUUUGCAGAUCAUCCAUUCCAUCCAGUAUCAAUUGAUCUGUUAAAAUCUCCACCCGAAACUGAUAAUAAGGAAAUAUCAACAUGGCGUUGCCUUUACUUGGUAGAACUUUUACUAUAUGCAGCAGAACGUGGCUACUACAUGCAAGUCCAAGAAUUAUUCAAGUUUCCUCUUCAACACUGCCCUGAUAUUUUACUCCUUGCGCUGUUACAAAUAAACCCGCCAGUGACUGUAUUCAGACAGGAAAUAAUAACAAUGCUCAUUCCAGUUUUUCUCGGCAAUCAUCCUAAUUCAGGUAUAAUUUUACAACACGCGUGGCAUUCACAGAAUCCUAAUAUAAAACCCAUAAUUAUGCACGCUAUGGCUGAAUGGUACUUACGUGGCGAAAGCGAUCAAUCAAAACUAUCUAGGAUAUUGGAUGUCGCUCAAGAUCUUAAGGCCUUGUCCUUGUUGUUGAAUGUCCAAUCAAUUCCAUUUGUCAUAGAUUUAGCAUGUUUGGCUUCUCGAAGAGAAUAUUUGAAAUUGGACAAAUGGCUCACAGACAAAAUACGAGACCAUGGUGAGACUUUCGUUUCAGCAAUGGUUAAAUUUCUUCAGCGACGAUGUCCGCAAGUACUCGGCAAAGUGCCAGAAGAGCAACUACCAAAAGCCGCGCAGUUGCCCCCAGAAACUAUUGGCACAAUGUUGGCAUGCUUGCAAUUAUGUAUUCCUAACGUACAGCAAGAGCUGCAGGAAGCGAUUUAUAAUGUAAUAGCCAAUUGUCAGACAUUGAUAUUGAGCAAAGUAAGACCAGGUAUACCAGGUAUUGCCCGUCCGCACACAAGAGUAUUAGAGACACCUUUUAAUCCUGCUGGUUUAGGUGGACAGCUGUUCACUCCACAUGUGGACGCUAUUGCUAAUUUAACACCAAACGUCGCCAAUAUGACUUUAGGUGCACCAGCAAAUACAGCCUUUGCCAUGCCUGGCACACUAGGGCCAUUGGUUGCAGCGCCAGCAUCGCCUUCGAGACUAAUGGGAGCAGGACCAAAUAGUCCUUUUGCGAUGAUGCAAAUGCAGCAUAACCCAAACGUAGCUAAUAUGUCAGCUCUUGCUAGAAUGCCUCCUGUACCCGCAAUGGACAAACCUCGUUUACCGGAUCCUAUUCACUUUCCAGAAAUUAUGCAUAAUGUAUCCAAGGAAAUAGAAGAUGAAGCUAACAGCUAUUUUCAGAGAAUAUAUAACCAUCCUCCACAUCCAACACUGUCGAUAGAUGAAGUAUUAGAAAUGUUGAAGAAGUUCCAAGACUCAUCAAAUAAAAGAGAACGAGAAGUAUUUUCUUGUAUGCUUCGAAACCUUUUUGAAGAAUAUAAGUUUUUCCCACAGUACCCGGACAAAGAGCUACAUAUUACAGCGCAAUUAUUUGGUGGUAUAAUAGAAAAAGGUUUAGUUCCUAGUUACGUUUCCUUAGGGCUAGCUUUAAGAUUUGUCUUAGAUGCUUUACGAAAGCCGGAGGGCUCUAAAAUGUACUACUUUGGUAUAGCGGCUCUAGAUAGAUUCAAAUCCCGUUUAAAGGACUAUCACAAAUAUUGUGAACAUGUUCGAGCAAUACCUCAUUUUAGUGAAUUCCCUCCGCACUUAGUCGAAUACAUCGAAUAUGGCCUUCAGAGCCAAGAGCCGCCUACUAAACCGCAAGGAGCAGUGCUGCCAGCAAGUCUAGCCGCCAUGCUAAAUCAGAGCGCCGUUGUAACCGUUUCGGCUCCAUACAGGGCAGUCGUUUGUGUACACAACCCUAUCUCGGUUAUAUCGAAGGUUACAAACUGCGCUGCCGGUGGCAUCGGCAGUAGACCGUCUAUAGCUAAUGCUACAAAUAUUGACACACUGCUUACUGCUACGGACAGAGAUGAAAAAAUUACCGCGCCACCGGAAGCUGUUCAAGAUAAGACUGCAUUUAUAUUCAACAAUCUCAGCCAGCUAAACCUGCAAACUAAAUGCGAAGAAUUGAAAGAAAUAAUAACGGAUGAAUAUUAUCAAUGGCUUUCGCAGUAUCUAGUAAUGAAGAGAGCUUCGAUCGAGCUAAAUUUCCACGCUCUGUAUUCUAAUUUUCUCGAUGUCUUAAAAAUUCGUGAAAUAAAUAAAAUGGUUACGAAAGAAACUUACCGAAAUAUUAGAGUGUUAUUGCGAUCUGACAAAGGCAUAGCGAACUUUUCUGACCGAUCUUUAUUGAAAAAUCUCGGUCAUUGGUUAGGUAUGCUGACCUUAGCUCGCAACCAGCCAAUCCUUUAUAUAGAUCUUGAUCUUAAAGCACUUUUACUUGAAGCUUAUCACAAAGGCCAGCAGGAGCUUCUUUAUGUCGUGCCGUUUGUUGCGAAGGUCUUGGAAUCCUGCGCUAAGAGCAUCGUAUUCAGACCGCCGAAUCCAUGGUCAAUGGCUCUAAUGAACGUAUUGGCCGAGUUACAUCAAGAACCUGAUUUGAAAUUGAAUUUAAAGUUUGAAAUAGAAGUGCUUUGUAAAAACUUAAGUUUAGACUUAACCGAUUUAAAACCAUCACUAUAUUUAAAGGAUCCAGAAAAAUUAAGAACUAUCGAAUUCCAACUUUCACAACCCAAACCAAUUAAAGAGCCAACUAAUGUAAUACCCGUUAAUCAGGCCGUAGUUCAGGUACCACAAAUUCAAAUGAUGCCUCCUCAACCACCAAUGAUUCCUAUCGAGGAAAUGUCUGGUGUUGUACCCACACCCACUAGUGGUAUGAUUCCCAAUGAUCCGAGCAUGAUGGGUGUUUUAGGAUUGCCGGAGCCUAGAUUUAACUAUCUUGAUGUGAACGUCUCCUCAACUUCGGCUUUCGGUCAGAAAAUAAGUUUCAAUCCGCAUAUUAUUCUUUUCCAAAAUUAUCCUCAUUUAAAACAAUUCGUAAAACCUGCUAUCGAGAGAUCGAUUCAAGAAUGGAUUCACCCAGUUGUGGAUCGAUCAAUCAAGUAUGCCUUGACGACUUGCGAGCAGAUUAUAAGGAAGGACUUUGCUUUUGAUCCCGAUGAAGUGCGAAUGCGUACGUGUGCGCACCAUAUGAUGCGUAAUCUUACUGCUGGCAUGGCUAUGAUCACUUGCCGCGAGCAGAUCAUUAGCACAAUAAGCACUAACUUGAAAGCUGCUUUUAUCACUGCCCUAAUACCAACAACGCCUCAACAGUUGAAUGUGUUACAGAAGGAUAUCAUAGAAAGUGCAGCAGCAGUUCUUGCUACAGAAAACAUGGAGCUCGCUUGCGCUUUCAUUCAAAAGACUGCCGUUGAAAAGGCAUUACCUGAACUCGAUAAGAGGUUAGUGAACGACUACGAAAUGAGAAAAAUAGCCCGCCAAGAAGGACGCAGAUACUACGACCCCAUAAUAUUGACUUACCAAACUGAACGCAUACCCGAAAGGGUGCGACUGCGAGUCGGUGGUCCUACAGACCUCCAAAUUUCUGUUUAUGAAGAGUUUGCGUGUAACAUCCCUGGAUUUAUGCCAGUCCGCGAUGCGGGAAUGUUCAUUCCUAAGCCAUCAGCGCAGGAGCAAAUGCCGCAGAUGACAUUCAGCCAAGUAAUGAAUCCAACCCAGGUGUACGGUACCGAUGAAAUGGGAACUCUUAUAACAACAGCGGAAUUGUUCCUUUCCAAUGCGCUAACGGUUCCGCUAUUCGCGGUCCAGGCGACCAACACUCAUACAUUGCUGGAAUGUCUUAUCAUAGCGAGACGUAACCGGGAUAUCGUAUCUGGCUACACAUUAUUGCAACGAGCUGUUGAAGGUCUUCUUGAUGGACAUAUUGUCCAACCUGGGACAAACCCUGAGCAUGCAGAGAUGAUGACUCGCUACCGUGACAUUCAUCUUCGAGUCCUCAAGCUGCUGGAAGAUGCUAGGGUUUACGGUCACGCCUGGACCACCAAACAAAUAACAUACUGCGUAACAGAAUGUCGAGAUGAGCUUCGAUAUAAUCUGGAAGCUAUAGAUUGUCUCAUCAGAAAUCAUCUCAUCAAUUUGCCACAAUACGAUCUUUCUCUCGCCCAUCUGAUGGACAACGGGAAUAACUACUUGGCCGUGGCAUUUGCAAUGCAGUUAGUGCAGCUCUACCUUGUCGACGAUAGGAACAAUUUGUAUGCUACUGAAUCGGACUUGUAUCACACUACGGAGACUCUCGUGAGGAUGAUGUCCAACUCCAGACAACCGCCGCCAGAAGGCCUAGGUUCUCUCAUCGAAACGAUUAGAAUAAACCAGGACCCUAGCACGUAUCUUGGCGAACGUUCUCCAUUGGGACCUACUGCACAUAUUCAUAAUGGAAUCCUGCAAGUGAGAGCUCGAGAUUACGAAGAUCCACCCGGUCUCCAAGAGAAGACUGAAAAUCUCCUUCGUGAAUGGAGGAACGUCCUCUUGAGCCCGCUGACGGAACUCGAGAUCGGACAGAAUUUUAACAUUUACGUCCACCGAAUGAAUAUGAACGGAAUACUCAAGUCAGAUGACAUGAUUACCCGCUUCUUCCGUAUCGCAACACAGAUGUGUGUCGAGAAUGUGUACCAGUUGCUCACAGAGGACAGGAUGAACCCGCCGCCAGUGCCUCCGAAGAGGGAAAAGUACUACGCGAUAUGCGACUCCUUUAUCAAGCUCGUGUCAUUAUUAAUCAAGAAUACGGCGGACGGUGGCAACCCCACGCCAAAACUUAAUUUGCUUAAUAAGAUUCUAGGCAUAAUCGCUGGAUGUCUACUCCAGGACCACGAAGAACAUGGCGCCAACUUCCAACAGCUUCCUUACCAUCGUCUACUUCUCAUACUAUUCCUUGACAUGAACAUGGCCGAGCCAGUCUUAGAAUCAAUUAACUAUCAGGUUCUAACAGCAUUCUGCCACACCCUCCGCAUAAUCCGUCCGAGCGUGGCACCGGGCUUCUGCUAUGCCUGGCUCGAGAUCGUGGCACACAGGGCUUUCGUUAACAGAGUGUUAGCCGUAACGCCGCAACAGAAGGGCUGGGGAAUGUAUUCGACGCUGCUUAUCGACCUUUUCAAGUUCCUCGAUCCGUUCCUACGUAAUACGGAACUGGCGACGCCCGUUAUGAUGCUAUACAAAGGAACUCUCAAAGUCUUACUCGUUUUACUUCACGAUUUUCCCGAGUUUCUGUGUGACUACCACUAUGGCUUUUGUGAUGAGAUACCGCCAAAUUGCAUCCAAAUGAGGAAUCUCAUCCUAUCAGCCUUCCCGAGGAACAUGCGGCUGCCCGAUCCUUUCACGCCGAAUUUGAAAGUGGAUCUGUUAGCCGAAAUCACUCUACCGCCUCGCGCAGUUAUAAACUACGCUACGAUUAUUCCGUCCUCGCAGUUUAAGAAGGACUUGGACGCAUAUAUCAAGGCCAGAGCGCCUGUCACGUUCCUUUCGGAGCUGCGUAGUAACAUGCAGGUGGUGAAUGAGCCAGGCCGCAGAUACAACAGCCAACUGAUGAACGCCGUGGUGCUGUACGUCGGUACUCAGGCUAUCGCUCAUAUUAGAUCGAAGGGACAGACGCCAAACAUGACAACUAUAGCCCAUUCAGCGCACAUGGAUAUUUUCCAAAACUUUACCGUAGACUUUGACUACGAAGGAAGGUACCUAUUCCUGAACGCGAUUGCAAAUCAGCUGCGCUAUCCGAACAGCCACACUCAUUACUUCAGCUGUUGCCUGCUUUACUUGUUCGCGGAGGCGAACUCUGAGGCCGUUCAAGAACAGAUCACAAGAAUGCUGCUUGAGAGGCUGAUAGUGAACCGACCUCACCCGUGGGGACUGCUGAUUACAUUCAUCGAACUAAUUAAGAACCCGAUCUACAAGUUUUGGAGUCACGAGUUCGUACAUUGCGCGCCGGAGAUUGAAAAGCUGUUCGCGUCCGUGGCGCGUUCCUGCAUCGCUGAUAAGGCGGGAGGGGGGGAAAGGGAGCUGACCGAGUAGCGUCGAGCCCUUUGGGAGUCUGUCCGGCAUAAGCAAAUAUUUAAUUGCUUUGCCGAGAAAGGCUUCCAAGAGGGGCAGCAAAGAGAGGCGCUCCCGCAACCGCAACCUUCCACUUCUCAACCUGUAAAACACGUCUUACAAUGGAACAAAUUAUUCAAAAAGUAAAUUCAAUACUAAACCCUUGCCCAGAAUCGGCACCGCCGGAAGGAACGGACGGUACAAGUGAAAAAGUGGUUAGUGACAGUGUGAAUCAAUAAAUUAGUAAGAAACUUUGAAUCGGUUGCUCCAGUAAGUGCUCAAAUAGACAUCUCAACGAUAUAGUGAUACACAACAUUACACACACAUACACACACACACUCACACACACUCACAUAUAUAUAUAUAUAUAAACUUUGUGGACUUGAAUCAAUUGAGUGGAUCGAAAAUAAUAAUUAAUUAUAAUAUAUGAAAUAUUAAAUUCGGCCGCUAAUAAUGAAACGCUACAACUUCACGACGCUUUUGAUGUACUUACUGCAAAAUAAAAUUGAAAAAUAUAACUGACUGGAACUUUUAGGAGCGCUAGUGAUAUUUUUUAAUUUUUUAGCAAAAGUUAUAUAGAGUGGUGAUGUGGGAACACAGCAGCGGUCGAAUGCUACAUAGAAACUGAACUGUUGGACAUAAAUCAUAAUGCGACACAAUGUUAUAUCGUCUUGUGAAUAAUUUCAAUUUAUAUGUAAUAUAACACACAUAUAUAUAUUAUAAUAUUAAACGUUUAAUGAAUAUGGACACCUUUAUAAAUUCUACGUGUAAUACCAUUUAAUAUAUAUUUUUAUAAUGUAUUAAUCACAUUAAAACCGAUGAUAUACAAAUUAAUACAUAUAAAUAUAAUGUUCAAUUUUUAAUAAAUAUUUGCUUUAAAUUUGAAUAAAAUAAUGCCGGAAUAAAUUUUUAAUGAUAUGUAUUCGUGUAGUGUUUUAUAUAUUAGAAUAUAAAAUAUAUUUAAAUCGGUUGUAACUGUCGAUUUUGCUAGACUUCCUUGUAACUAGGUGUUCCGGUAGUCGUCAUUCGUAAUAUAAUAUAAUAAGCAUUACAUUUAAUAGUUGUUGUGUACCAUUGAGUUUCAAAUGAAAUUGUUGAGAUGCCAGAUACCGAUGUAUUUAAAAGUAAUUCUGGUAUAAAUUAGUUUUAACGGUAAAUUGUGUGUUUUUAUAAAUCAUGGACGUAUUUGAACAGGCGAAGUGGUGUUUUAUGUGGAUUCGGUGAGGUCGACGGCGGCGUUGUCCCAAAUUAAAAUAAAUUACAUUUGUGAUAUAUUUUAGUGCGAUCAUACGAUUUUGAUCGUUAUAAUUUUAGCGUCCUUAUUUCUAAAAAAAAAAAAUGUUCGCGUUGCUGGAGACCAUUAAUUUUUAAAUACUAUAACGGUUUAACUGCGCACACUCUCCGCGUUACUGUAAUUCAAUGUAAUAUAUUUACUAUGAAUCUGCUCUCGCGGAUUUAUCUAUCCGGUCUCGUUAUACAAAGCUGCAUACAUUUGUAUGAAAUCAGACCGGGUAGAAAGUUCCGGAGAGGAUUUUUACUAUGGUUAUAUACCGUAGUAGGUAUUAAUUAGUUGUCAAAAGUAAAAACGACUGACUAUAGUAAAUCGUGCGUUUGAGCGUCAAAGACGCGCGUGUUACAACUGCGAACAGUACUCGUAACGAAUAAUGUUAGUUUAUAAAGUAAUAAUUAAUGUAGUUAUAUUUUUAAGAUUUCGAAAGCAGUGCGCGGAUGUGAUCCUGUAUUAAUAUAUUACGAAUUAAUAUUCGUAGAGCCGAUUUCGUAGGAGUCUCGCUCGUUAAAGUUAUAACUUUAAAGUGAUUAUUUAAUAUGAAUUGUCAGUGUAAUUUAUAUGAGAAUGUGUACGUUUGGAGUUACCAUUUGCUAGACGGUGACCGUGCAUUGCUGUGUAAAGCUAGAUGUAACUUUGAAAUAAGUAAUUUAGGGAGAAUUUGUGUUAAUGUUAACGCUACAAUUUUGUGUAGGGAAUCCGGACCCGAUACUUUAAGAUAAUUUCUCGAUAUCCAGACUUUUAUGAUUUUAUAUUUAAAAACCUUAAACUUCGAAUCAUAUAGAUAAAAAAAUAAACGUGGCCACUCUUUUUUAAAAAAUCAAUGAUUAUUUCGACAAUCAUUUUAAUAAUUGAUCAAUAAAUAGUAUAGUUUCUGCAAAUUUCAGUUAAAGAGUUAAUACAUUUACGUAAAACAAUUCAUAUUUAAAAAAAAAUGUAUAUACACCUAGUCUUUACAAAAACAUCAAGAUUCAUAGGAUAACCAGAAACAUGUUGACUGACUUUUACCUUAUUUAUAUUAGUAUGAGAACUGAAACUAUAUAAAUACGUUUGAUAAAAAAAUGUCAUACUUCACUUGAGUCAUUUGUAUUAUGACGUUUGUCUACCUAAUAUUCGGCCUGAGAUCGUAUAUAAGAGGAACGAAUUUGAUCGUAGACAUUAAACGCGUUCACUAUAAAUGUUGUUUAGUGGUGUCCUGUUAAACAAUACUCUGUAUUUCGAUUGUCAAGUCAACAAUGACUUGUGUUAAACAUUGAUACCUAUUAAUCAUCUAAAAACAUAAUUUAUAAGCGAGACUGCUAAUCUAUCCUUUAAUUAUUACAUAGAUAAUAAAUUCAAUUUGAAAUGAUAAAAAUCAACGUCAUUAUAUUAAAGUCUUAAUUUUAUCCGUUAUUAAUCGGCCAGUGCUGUAAUUUUUUUAAUAGAUUGUACGUAAACAUAUUUGAAUAUAAAUGCCGUGUAGAGAGUUAUUAGUUAAUAAUGCUGUCUCUUUCGAAUGUCAAAUUGAAUUAUUGACGAUAGCCUAAUAAUAAUGAUAUGUCUUGUGUUUAACUAAACAAUCGCUAAACAACGUCUAUGAGUGAGGUCGGAAGUCGUUAUCAAACAGUAUACUUGUAGCUAAUUAUGUAUGUAAUAUAGAUUAAAAAUUAAUGUCCGUGUGUUCUAUAUAUAAUGUAUAAAUCAGAUAUUUGUGCAUAAACUUAUAUAUCUAAACGUAUCGACACUCUUUAUUAUUCGAGAUAAAAAAAAGUCGAGGGAAAGUCAUACAAAGAUGAAAUUCUGUUCAAAGUUUAUUGUCAGGAAAAAUAUUAAAGAUUUGUAUAAAGUGGCUGUAACUUUAAGAAACAUAGUGUUACAAUAAUAGUUGAACUUUUUUACUAAAAUACUUCCUAUUUAAUAUUGGAAUGGCAACUAAAUAAUAAAUAUGACUUGUAUGUAUUUCUCGGGAUCCCCGGGAUUGGAUUCCCUAGUUGUAAGGUACAUACUCCAUUUUUUAAACGAUUUGUGUUGUAAUAAAAUAUUUUUUCAUCAAA